GUCAACGUUUAUUCAUUCAUCGAAACAACUUCACCUUGAAGCAUUGUUGGUGAAGUUCAUCGUUAAAAACACUAAAUUUUACCGUAAACACAAGGAAUAUCAACAAACCAAAACGGACACAAGAAGUGUGUAAAGUAUUGAGUUCUAAAAGUCCAAAAUGAAUGGUGAAACAGAGAGAAUUAUCCAAGUUUCUUUGUCUAAAAUAACCGACUGCCGACGCCGAAGGGGUACUACGCUAAGGCGAAGUUUACUCGUGUCUAACGUCUUAAAUAAUGUUCUAACAAGCUCAGACUCUGCAUAUGAUCAUUAUAGAACUCCUAAGGAUACAGAUAUGGAUUACGACGCUGUUGAAACUGAAAGUUUCUCCCUCGAUCGACCAGUUCCGUUGCGUGACGACUCCUUUGUAUCGGGAAAUGUGCUCGAAACUCGAAAUCCGUCGCAUAAAGCUUCCGAAACGAAGGUACUUUGUGAAAGACCCCUGAUGGAAAACCCACAGGUUCGAAGCACAUCACCAAAAGACAUCGAAUCUGAACGAUCAACUUUAAAUCUUGAGAGUAAUAAUUCAACUUUUGGCAAGGAAACUCAAGCGAAUGUUGUAUGUGUUGGAUCAAAACGCCUCAGGUCUCAAAAUGCAAAUGAGACUAGUGAAUACCACGCGGUCGGCCGUAAAAGGUGCCGCAUUGAGAACUCUAAAAGCGAUCUCGAGAGCGUCUCUGAUGCAGAAAAUAUAGAACCAAUGGACAUAUCAGGACUCGUAUCAGUAUUUAGUAGUAGUUUUAGUGGUUUAUCGGACUUUUCUUCCAAGAAAUCUUCGGGUUCUUUUGCGUGCUUGGACGCCGUGCGACCGUUGCAGCUUGGCUCAUGGCAGCACACUGUUGAAGCAUUUUGAGCGAUCUACUUGUUGCUACCGCCACAUGCUUGCUUCCUCUUCUUAUAUGUUUGACUUGUGUGCUAUUGCGGCUUUUAUAAAUCACGAGGACAUCGAAAUAUUGGUGUAGAAUGUCAUUGAUAUGUGCUACUCUCUUGUGUAUUGUUCUCCAACGAACAAAUCGCUGUAUGAUUUCGAAGCCAUAACUCCACAACACCAUUGUGCUUUACGAUCUUUGCAUAUUCGCUUUAUAUUGUACAGUUAACAUGUUAAAUAGAUAUUUUUAUUGAUACAAAUAUAAAAAAAAUGUAUAUAUAUUGCUGGUCUGACAUUGGACUUCAGUUUGUAGAAUUGUUAUGCAAGCCGUUCCGCUUGUCGCCUCUAAAUUCACAAACGUUCUAUUUGUGCUACAGAGGACUGAUUAAUAAAAACUCGAAUAAAGAAGUCAUUGUAUGUGA